AUGAUAAAGUAUGAAUGGUUUAAACUUAAAGGAACAAAUGCUUCUACGCAGAACAUCAUCAUUGACUCAGGUACAACUAUGAUGAUUUUUCCACAUCAUUUUUACAAUAGACUAGAAUCAGCUGUUAGAAAAGUGGUAAAACUAGAGCGUUUUCAUGAUCACACUGAUUCAUAUAAUCUAUGUUACAAUACAACAUCCAAACAACCAAAUUUUCCAAUAAUUACUGCACAUUUUAGCGGUGCAGAUGUUAAGUUAUAUUCUAUAAACACUUUUGUUCCAUUUUACAAAGGAGUCAUGUGUUUUGCUUUUCGUGGAUCUCGUUAUGAUAUAAGUAUAUUUGGAAACUUGCAACAAUUGAACUUUUUGAUUGGUUAUGAUCUCAAUAGACAAAUUGUCUCAUUCAAGCCUAGUGAUUGUACCAAGCUUUAA